AACCCACCUCCAACCCCUUUUAUACCCAACUAAUCAUACCCCUCACUUCCCAACUAACCGAUGUGGGACAAAAUUCCAAUUUUCAAAUUUUUUUCUCUUCUUCAGUUUCUUAAAACCCCUAAAUUAGAUAAUUGACUGGACAAGUUUUCUUCAAAUUAUGACUGCUACGACAACGACGAUUUCUCAGCAUGAUUUCUAUGGCGAUGAACAAGAUUCGGAAACUUCAAUUUCUCUAUCUGUAAUCGAGAAUAUGAAGGAAGAGUAUGGGUUGUUUGUGUGGCCUUGUAGCGUCAUCCUCGCUGAGUAUGUUUGGCAGCACAGAUCUCGAUUUCGUGAUUCUUCGAUUCUCGAGCUAGGAGCUGGUACUUCCUUGCCUGGUUUAGUAGCUGCAAAGGUUGGGGCUAAUGUCACUCUUACUGAUGAUGCAACUAAACCUGAGGUUUUGGACAAUAUGAGAAGAGUCUGUCAACUUAACAAGCUCAAGUGUAAUGUGAUGGGUCUCACUUGGGGAGUGUGGGAUGCACCGAUAUUCGACCUGCGACCUAACAUUAUACUUGGGGCUGAUGUAUUAUAUGAUUCAACUGCAUUUGAUGAUCUCUUUGCGACUGUCUCAUUUCUGCUCCAAAGCUCUCCGGAUGCAGUUUUUAUUACCACAUAUCAUAACAGAAGUGGGCAUCAUCUAAUCGAGUUCCUGAUGGUAAAAUGGGGCCUAAUGUGUCUAAAACUUCUGGAUGGCUUCUCAUUCUUGCCAUCUCACAAGGCAUCUGUUCUUAGCGGAAACAUUCAGUUGGUUGAGAUCGUGUUGAGUUCCAAAUAUCAGCAGCUUCAGACGAUGACAACCAUCUAAGUUGAUUAUAGCCACAGAUCAUAGAUGUAACAACAUUUACUUCAUUGUAAGGUAAUCCAUAGUUACUCUAUUAUAGAAAGUGAUAAGAAGGAAGCCUUGGACAAGGGAGUUUAGUUUUAUCAAACUCAUGUAGUUGGUAAGUCUUUGCAUAAAAUCAAAUAUAUCUUCCUAGAUAGGUCAACUCUUGACCCUUUGAUUUUGUUUCAGAUCACCACUGAUCUUGAUAAAACUGAGCAAAGGUUGUUGGACAAAGACAUUAGCACCGAGAGAAGACCUGAAACAGUGGUGUGCAAGCAAGAACUGAGCCUUGCGUUCCUUGAGAGUGCGCAUCAAUGAACGAUACAGAAUCGAGAUGUGCAUCAAUUCAAUAAUUGUAACCCGAAACGACAUUGUUGGAAGAUCGGACAUCAUUAUUUUCGCUGAGUUUCAAACAAGGAUCGAAGUACCACAGCCAAAGUCUAUAGACUUUGACAAAGCUCCUUUUUUUUUUUUCUUUUUCCUUACUGGUUGCUGAUUUCUUAACAUAACCGGACUAUUUAACCGUCAUAUAGUGUUAACUAAACCGUCUAUCUUGGUUUUCACUUUAACCAAGAAAAAAAACACACUAGACCCUCA